AUGAAACACCUUGAAACCAAGACUCUACCCAAAAAGCCAACUCGAACUAUCAUCAACCAUGAGCGUGAACGAGUGCCAUACUCGACGGGGUUGCAACGUCGCAAGAGAGCUGAAACCCGAAAACUUCGCAUCGAAGCAAAAGUCCUGACCGCUCAACUCGCUCAGUUGAAGCGCAGACGUCAAGAGCACAUCAAGAAUGCAUCGGCCCUCUCUUCCGGAAUCCAACGACAACAUAUGAUUAAUUGGCGAAGCGUGGCUGCCGUUGCUUGCGAGCAGCGACAAAUCGCAGAGCGUAUCAAUUGUGAGCUCAAGGCGAUCAUGGCAGAUCAAGAUAGUGUCCGAUCUUCCGUCCUCCAAGUGCUCGUCAAAACUAACGCUAUCAAUGAAAAGGACGUGAACUUUCUCCGCAACACGAAGCCUCGACCCGAUUCCACUCUUCCAACAGAACUUCUGCGAGGAGAUUACGGAGGAGCUGGUGAACAAGCUAAAAAGUCUCUAUAA